AAGAGGAAGGGGGUGGAGGUGCCCAGAGUCAGACAGUUGAGACCAGUGCAAUAUUCAACAUAAGCUGCACUGGGGGGAGGAGUCCUGUCCUGCUCACCGAAUCCAUUCCAGUGCUUCAGGGCAGCCAUCAUGGUGUUCACUAUUGAGUGCGGCUGAGGGAAGAAGAAAAAAAGAGGAGGGAGCAGAGAGGGGGGAGAAAACCCAUCUCUUUGUGUGGGAAGGACUCAGCAGGAAAGUGAUUUUGUGAUUAUUAAGAGUUUGCCAGCAAGCGAGGCUCUUCCCCCUGACCGGCAGCAGCAUCUUGUGCCCUCGGCGUGCCUCGGCUGCCUUACGCUAGGGCCACAAAUGAGCGUGCUUCUCAAGCCGGCAAACAGCGACACCCGGGCUUCUCCUGAUGAUGAGAGCCGACGUCAGAGCGGUUUCCAUGAAUAUUGAUGUGGAGGAUAGUCUGUUUCAUAGAAGAACAGAAGGAGGCAAGAUGGCUGCCCUUUAGGAUUUGUUAAAGAGGAGAUCCAGACGGUUUGUUGGAAUUUCUACAAAGUGGAGGGACGUAAAAAGGAGGACAGACAGAGGGCAGCCCUGUGGAUGGAAUCUGAGCCGGCCAGAUGGAAACAAAACAGGCCAGACAUGAGGCGGAAGAAAGUCUGAUAUUAGCACAAUUUGGCCAAUCUCGAAACCUCACACACAAAUUACAGAAUGGAGAUCCGUCUUCAGAGGGAGAUUCUCUGCAGAACACCGGGGAUACAAACUGGAACCAUUACAAGCCCAAUACAGGUGCCAACUCCAUGAAGAGGCACAGAGAGAAUUGCAACAGCCCAGCUUCAGGACAAGGGCUAUUUGAUCAAGGAGCCUACAUGAUGAAUGGAGAAUUGAUGAACGGAGAGUUGAAGCAUGUGCUCACUGAGCAAUCCUUAAUGGUCCACCAGACCAAAAAGCUUAAAGUAGACACUGAGAUUCAAGGUAAUGAUGACACGAGUUCUAGUUUGUUGGCAAACUUUCCUGAGUUGACAAAGACAACAGAAUUUGAUUGCAAGGCCCCACAUAGAGAAGUUAACUUAGACAAGAGGAACUGCAAUUUCCCCAAUGGCAAUGUUUUCUGUCUACCAAGGAAUAAACAAGUUUCAAUUCCAAACGGUGCUGUAUCGCCUCCCUCAAACCUAGAGAGCACUCCAGGUGACCUUUUAGAGAAAACUCUGUCUCAGUAUUAUCCUGAGCAAGUUUCAAUUGCACAACAAACACCUGGGUCAAACCUCGAUGCUGUCAAUGGUUCACUGGCAAACAAGAUACCCAGUGAAGGUGCUCAACACCCCUCUUUAACCUCAGGUUUGUCCAAUUCAGACCAAAGGCCUGACUCACAACAGCAGCCGCCUGGAGCAUCUGGCAGUGCUGAAGGAAGUAAAAAUUAUAACUCUGUCAACUAUGGAGUGAAUGGAUACUCAACGAGUUUUGCAGCAGAACACCAGCAGCAACAGCAUCAGCAGCGGCCACGUUCUUACUCUGGUCAGGAUGGGAUGAUAUCCCCUACAAAUACUGCCAACAGCUCACAACAACAUCCAAAUGGCUCACAGUGUUACCCAGAUGACACAAAUCCUCAAGGUAUAUAUGUGAAGGCCAACCAGGGGUUUACUCAGAACUCUUUUCUCGAAUGCAGUGCUCCUCUACAAACACCAGAGGAGGGUGGAUAUGACCCCUUUCCUAGCUCUGGGAUAGAUAAGAUCCGACAAAGUGAGGGACCCAGGUCUGGUCAGCAUCAUGGCACUGAUGGGGGCCAUCAGUUCCGGAUGCAACCCCAGGACUUUAAACAAAAUGCUGAGAUGCCACAUAGAGACGAUAGUAUGGGGCCCAUUCUACAGGCGCCAUGUCAUCCUGGAUUAGAAAAUGGGAUGGAGAACACAUUGUCUAAGCAAAGAGCUAACUUAUCAUGUCCGACUCCCCACCAGAGAGGCUGGAUAGAGCUGAACUCUUCACAUUCUCCCCAGCAAUCUGGAAAUGGCCCGUCACCCCAGGCUCAAGAGCAGGAUAUGUGGAGGGGCUACUCUGCUAAACCUCAGUCAGAGCAGCAGGCAGCUAACCAGCAGAUUCGCAGCCAGAUGUUGGAAAUGAAUUCACCGCAAGGAUUCCAGACACAGGGAGUUUUCAGAGAUAGCAGUCAAGGGUCUAACAGCUUCCAGCAGCAACAACAUGACUGUCUACCAGCCCAAACUCACUGUGUGCCAGCACAGCACAACACUGCCCCUGAGUGUCAGCAAUCAAAUGCUAAAGCACCUCAAAUGCAGCAACCCCAGAAAAGACCUGAGCACCAUAACUUUCCCCCAAAUCGGCAAGCAGACAGCCACUACACCACCCAGAUGCAGUCAGAACACUUAUGUGAAGACCCUGACCUGCAGGAUAUACUGUCACCUGGGCUUUCAACAACAAAGCAACAACAGCACUGUCAUCUUCAGCGGCCAUUGUCCCACCCACCACAAUUUGAAGGGCAAUCCAAGUCUACCAUUUACAGACCACGUAGUCAGCCUGCUCCAGGUCAACAGCAGCUCCAACCUGCUCAACCCAACAACCAACAUAAUCAGCACACUGACCACAUAGCAUUCAGUUACAACAACUCAAAAGAAAUGCAACAAUUACAACAACAACGGCAAUAUCCACCAAACUCAGGCAGCAGUAACCUCACGCAAUUCCAACCACAGCAGCCUAUCAACCACUGCCACCAGCCAAACCACACAGACUUUCCCCAGUCCUCUACACAUUCACAACCUCAUUUACCACAAGGUGCAUUAAACCAACAGGUAUCAACACAAAUGUAUCCUAAAACUGAACAGCAUCUGCAGACAUCACAUACCCAGUUCCAAAGGGGGCCUCGUUUACCUCUGGGACCUGUGAGUCCCCAUGGAGACUUUCAGAGGCACGCAGCCCUUCGUAUGCACCUGUUACAAAGGCAGGAGCGUCAGGGCCCUGUUCAUUCUCCCAAGAGCACUAGUGACCACAGCUUCAGGGCUGUGAAAAUGGAAAAUAAUGCCAGAUUUGAGCUCCCUUGUUCACAGCAGCAGGAGCAUCAGUUACAGAUGCGAGAGGCAGGAAUAGAUGGAAUACAGGUCAAGCAGGAAAAUCAGCAAUCCCAGUGUGCUCAGAGCAAGAGGCAGGACAGCAUCUUGGCCUCUAUGGAACAAAGUCUGAGGCAGUACCAGCUUUCACCUGUGUUCGAGAAGAAAUCCCUUGUCAUCAAUCCAGCAAACAAAGUCAAAGUGGAAUCUUCUGGCCCUGUCACAAUCCUUUCAACAAAUACUGUCCUGGGUGGAGUUGAAUCAUAUGCAGCUGCCUCAGCCCCAGUAGCUCCAAAGAGACCACAUGAUUCCACUCCUAAGAAGGAAAACCUCCUACAGAGCUUUAUGGACUCACCUAUGAAGCUGCUGGAUACACCUAUAAAGAAUCUACUGGAUACCCCCGUGAAAACGCAAUAUGAUAUUGCAUCCUGUCACUGUGUUGAACAAAUCAGUGAGAAGGAUGAAGGGCCAUACUACACUCACCUGGGAUCAGCACCUAGUGUUCCUCUUAUACGGGAGAUGAUGGAGAAAAGGUCUGGUCUCACUGGUAGCGCACUCAGGAUUGAAAAAGUAAUAUUUACCGGCAAGGAAGGAAAAAGUACACAGGGAUGCCCCAUAGCCAAAUGGGUGAUUCGUCGAUCAAGUGUAGACGAAAAGCUACUGGUGCUGGUGCGGGAACGUACUGCUCACACAUGUGAGACAGCCUGCAUCAUUGUGGUAAUCCUGGUCUGGGAGGGCGUCCUACCCAGCGUAGCUGACCGCCUCUACCUCGAGCUAAGUGAAACUCUGAAAAAGCAUGGAGCCCUCACCCAGAGACGCUGCUCUCUCAAUGAGGAGAGGACCUGUGCAUGCCAGGGGCUAAACCCUGAUGCCUGUGGGGCAUCCUUCUCUUUUGGCUGCUCUUGGAGCAUGUACUACAAUGGAUGCAAAUUUGCCCGAAGCAAAAUCCCAAGGAAAUUCAAGCUACUAGGAGAUGAUGUGAAGGAGGAAGAGAGACUUGAUCACAACUUGCAAAACUUGGCAACCUUACUGGGUCCCGUGUAUAAAGACUUGGCACCUGAAGCUUACGGAAACCAGGUAGAACAUGAACAAAGGGCACCAGAUUGCCGUCUGGGCCACAAGGAGGGCCGACCAUUCUCUGGGGUCACUGCUUGCCUGGACUUCUGUGCCCACUCUCACAGAGACCUCCAUAACAUGCAGGGUGGCAGUACGGUGGUGUGCACAUUAACAAGUGAGGAUAACCGUGAGAUUGGAAAGAUUCCAGAGGAUGAGCAGCUCCACGUUUUGCCUCUUUAUAAGGCUUCCAAGACUGAUGAAUUUGGCAGUGAAGAGGGUCAACAAGAGAAAAUCAAGUCAGGCGCUAUCCAAGUCCUGAGUGCAUUUCGCCGCCAGGUGCGCAUGCUUGCAGAGCCCGCCAAGUCUUGCCGGCAAAAGAAGCUGGAUGCUAAAAAGGCAGCUGCCAACAAAAAUGCCAUGUUGGACAGCGCUAAUGAUAAGGCAGAGAAGGCCCUCCUGGCUAAGUCAAAAGCAGGCACUUACGAGAAUAUCACUCACGGCACUCCUAUGGCAGGACGUAUUCCAGGUGCAGUUGGAGCAACCUAUCAUCCAGGGCAGCCAACACACCACCUUGGGAUCCAUCCUCAGCAACUACAACAACAGCACCAGAGUAUUCUACCCCCUUAUCCUGGCUCCCCAAAUGCAGCCAACUACCCCAGGUUCCCUAACCAUCCUGGGUCUUUUCCAAGCACUUCCAAGCCAGGCAGCUUGUAUCCCCACCAGCCGCCAACACCAGCCAGCCCUUAUCCUUCCCCACUCCAUGUACCAAACUCUUACAUUAAUGGAUCAAAUCGUCCAUACCCAGGUUAUCAAUGUAAUGGAGGAAUGCCCCUUGACAAUUACCAUCCAUACUAUACUUCAAACCAAAAGCACCUAGACAUGUACAGACAACAGCGGCCAGUGCUUUAUUCAGAGCAGCAGUAUGGUGCACAUCAACGUUAUGACGUCACUUAUCCCCCAAGGUACAAUGAGCCAGGUUUACAGGUCAAUGGUUACAAUGCAUGCAACAUGAGGCCAGUUCACCCCAUGAGACCCUAUGGCCCUUAUGGUCCUAAUGGAGCCUCAGAACCCCAGUUUAUGGACCCCCUGUCCAGAGCACCAUCAUCCCAUGGAGGUCUAGACUAUACAGCUGCUGUAAGCAAAGGCAAUCAGUAUGGAGGAUACCAAAAUCCAUACCUGUCUCGGAGCCCUCAAAUCUUACCACCAGGCCAAGAUCCUUUCCAUAUGCAAAUCAAGACAGAGCCGGGCAUGCCUAGCCCACAGAUUUCUUCUCAGAUAAGUGGUGGGUGUUUAAACCGCGAGACACAGCCAGGGGUAGGUCUGCCUAAUGGAAGCCUCAUGGGCUCUGGUAUAAAGCAAGAGCCUGGAACACCACCGACACCCACAACACCAAAAAAACCAGAGAUGUGGUCAGACAAUGAGCACAACUUCUUGGACCCAGAUAUUGGUGGUGUGGCACUGGCCCCUAGCCAUGGCUCAGUCCUGAUUGAGUGUGCAAAACGGGAGCUCCAUGCAACAACACCCCUCAAAAAUCCAGACCGCAACCACCCAACACGCAUCUCGUUGGUAUUCUACCAGCACAAAAAUAUGAAUGAGGCCAAGCAUGGUUUGGCACUGUGGGAAGCCAAGAUGGCAGAAAAGGCUAGAGAGAAGGAGGAAGAUGCAGAGAGGAACGGUGGAGAGGGGACACCUAGCAAGGGCAACAAAAAGGGGGUGAAGCGGGAGCAUGUGGAGUCGGAUCCCAGUGUUCCGCCUCCUUACAAGCGUUUUAUCCAGGCACUAAUGGAGGGAUCCUUGUCAUGCACAACAAACACCUAUGUCAGUACAUCUCCAUACGCCUUCACCAAGGUCACAGGACCUUACAGUAAGUUUGUGUAGAAAACACUCACGAUGAAGAAAAGUGAAGGGGCUGCAUAGAUGAUAAACAAAGACUUUAAGCACCACUGGCCUCAUUUAAACACUCCUUCCUAUCCAUAAUGUUAACAACAGCAUUGUACAGAAAAAGGAACCCGUGAACAGAUGAAAUCACCUUUCACAUCAGGUCUUUCACCUCUUUAACAAUCAAGCUUUACGAGUUGACCCUACCAAGGAUGUAUUUAUUUUAGUUUGACAACUUUUGAAAGAUAGUGUCAAAUUCUCUGGUGCUUUUAGAGAGAUACAUAAGGACCUAUUUUUACAGAAACAAAGUUCUCUUUCUUUAAUGGUGGCUUUAGUUUUCUUACGAAAAUUUGGAGAUGGCGAACUUGGCAUGAUACACUGACUUUGUAAAUUACAACAUUCAUGGUGCUAAAGUGUGCUUAAUACCAUUUCUUUUAAAUCAAAUGCCUUCACACAAUACCAUAACACACUCUACGAUUGACACUCAAUCUCAGCUGACACUGAAAAUAUUAUCCCACUUUAAAAUCAUCAGCAUCAUAAUGCUUUUGGUCAAGUCGGUGCUUCUUGGACCACUUUUUAAUAAUACAAGUUAAAUGUUUUGGUAAUAUGGUAAUAUUUUUAAAUCAUAAAAUCUGGUUUUAUUGCUCUUAUAACAGUAAUUAAUUCCCUAGCAUCAUGGCAUUUUGAUUGACAAAUUUAUAAAGAGGAUUGUAUGAGCAAUCCAUGAAAUAAGUUGAGUUCACAAUGAUCAUUGUGUUGGUGCUUCUUUCCCUUUCCUAUGUCAUUUUUACUGUAAAUUGAGCCAUACUAAUUGGUGCAUUUUUAACAUUGAGAAAAACUUUGCAAUUGUGUUAUUUUAAUAUUUACCAGGUUUACUAUGUUGUUAGCGACUGUUUUUAAUGUUCCCUACUGUAGGUUCAUUGAACAAACCUGGAUUGUGAAUAUUUCGUGUAGUUUUGUCUAUCGUGCUUAGUAAAUAUGCUUUUUUACACUGAGGAACAUGAAACAGGGUAGGCUCAGUGUCAGUUUCAGAGGGCAGCUGGCUUGCUGUGGGGUCUUUAAUUAUUGUAAUCUAACUGUAAUAUAAACAUUUGAGAUUUGUACAGUAAAUUAAUUUCCCGUUUUGGAAUUGCUGUUAUAGAUUGUGUUGUAAAAAUGCAAUCUGUAUUUCUUUGGGUUUCAACUGACUUUUUCAUAAGGUGCUAUUCAACCUACUAGACGAAUACAAUGUGAGACUCUUGGGGCAGUGAGAAGGCUUUUAAAUAAUGUUUAGUACAAACCUGUAAUACCUCAAAAUUAGUUUGGCAAUAUGAUUAUAACAUAUUUUUCUUUCUUCCUCUGUACAUUACUUUCAAAAUGUUGAGAACAGCUCGGCUUAAGCCCACUUAAAAAAGGCAUAAAGGUUCAUUUCCUACUUUCUUAUCAAGCUCCUAGAAAGUAUCACUUGAUCUUGAAUCUUUGAUGUUACUGUAAAAUCAGGGACAUUUUAAACUAAUUUUGUACAUCUUCAUCGCCUGUAUUCAACUUGUCAUCUUCUCAUUCAGGGACUUGCCAUUGCAUCCCAAGCUAUUGUCUAUUCCACACAGAUGAAAUUAUUUCCCUGCAAUCCUUUAGUUAUAUUUUAGCUAGAAUGAUGGUGGUAAUCUAUUAAAAGUAAUUGAACAUAUAUGCACUGAGCUGAUUAAAGGGAAAGUAUGAUAUUGACUAAGUUAAUAGCAAUGUAUUUGCUUUUGCUUUGAGGAAAGACCAGGGCAAUGAUUAACGUAAUUGCACAUCUUUGUGCCUGUGUAUAGUUAAAUUUAUUUAUAACCACUAAGCAAUUGUAUAAUGAUUUUAUUCCCUGAUUAAUUAAUGCGACAUAUAAAGAAAUGACCCAUGUUAUGGUAACAACCUUCCCCACUCUUUAACGUAUUCAUUUUCUGCAAGCACUUCAUUUCUUUUUCAGGAAAAAAAUAUGUAACAAAGAAUUACAAACAUUUUAUUUAAACAGAUUGUAAAUGUGUUAAAAAAUAAAUAAAUUAUGUCACAGUGUACAUACCGAGAAUUUGUAUUGCAGGAAUACAACUAAUUCUUCGAAGUCUAAUGUAGGUUCUUCUUUUCUGUCAAUUUGACCCACAGCUUCUCUAUCAGCAAUCCUCAUCAUAUCCUAAAAUAUCCUUUUGACUCUUUCAGGUUAAGAGAAUGAUCAUAGUUAGAUUAUCCAGGAAGUCUUUGUAAAUAUUACGGUCACUGUCACAGCGAUGUUUACAGUUAUAGUAUCCUGUUAGCUACGACAUUAGAAGGUCUAGUUUUUUUUUCUUUUAACUGUUCCAAUUUUGUAAAAUAAAUCUACAUUAAAAUGUUGAAUUUCAUUGUACAGGACCCAGCUACAGUAGCAGGUUGUGGUUGAGAAAGCCGAGGUGUCUAAGAUAUAGCGGGUUACAAGCAUAGCCAUACUUGAAGAUGCUUCAGAGUGUUUCUAAGUUAGUCAACAUUACUUGAAUAACUUUCUGGGUUUAACUUGCGCACUAUAUGUGCUCAGCUCAAAGGUUAAGCUAGCAGUUGAUACACACUUGUUUUUUUUUGCAGUUAGACACUAAAAAGGUAUAAAAAAAUAUAAAAGUGCAACUUUUUGCCUGUCAUUUUAUUUUUUUAAGGCUUUCCUAGUUCUUCUGAAGUUUGGUAUGCUACAAAAAAUGGAAUUAAGGAUGGGUAUUAAUACUGUAAGUAUUGUAAUGUACUGAAUGCAGUUUAUUUGAAAGCUGUUUAUUAUAUCAUUCCUGAUAUUGCUGAGAUGUGGGUGUUUUUUUAAUAAAAUUUAUAUUUAUUUAAUGCAA